UUUGUGUCUAUCACCCUUUUCCUCCCUGACAUUCCAGCUCAGUUGAGGGAUUGACUGCUUGGAUACGGACACAGGAGGGAGCAUUUGGAAAGUUGAAGGGAAUUUUGUUUGGGAUUUUGGAAAAGAGUUCUGAGGGUUGCCGUAACUUUUUCCCCCCUCCCUUGUUCUUUCCCAGUUUUACUUACGUUCUCUGACUUGCCAUUUCUUUUGUCUGUGCUGUUAACAUUCCGGCCGGGAAUUUCAUCAUUCCAAACUCUUUGAUAGCUGCUGAAGCAUCGUCAGUGCUACUCCGAAUCAUUUCCUUGUCUCGGACUUUUAAACAGUGGGAAUACCUGUGACAAGACAAAAACAGAACACAGUUUCAGAAACAACUGGGCUGCCAAGGCCCUGUUAGCAGUACAAUGGCAGCCCUCUUACAUUCCAGCACCAACAACCUGCAGGUCCCAGGUGAGAGCAGAUCAUUAUCGACGUCUCCCUCUGGUUCUCCCUCACCCUCCAGAAACGAAUGCAGUAUUGCUCCUCUCACCCCAUCCCCUUCUCCGAGGGCGGAAGCGAGACCUCGUGUAGCUUGUCCAUUCUCAGUGGUAGUGGCCAUCGACUUUGGCACCACAUCAAGCGGAUAUGCCUUCAGCUUCACAGAGGAUCCAGAGGCUAUCCACAUGAUGAGGCGAUGGGAGGGUGGAGAUCCCGGCAUGGCCAAUCAGAAGAGCCCGACUUGCCUGCUGCUCACCCCUGACCUCCGAUUCCACAGCUUCGGCUUCGCGGCGCGAGACAGCUAUCACGACCUCGACCCAGAGGAAGCGCCGCAUUGGCUGUACUUCGAUAAAUUUAAGAUGAAAAUUCACAGCGCCAGUGACCUCACCAUGGAAACGGAGUUGGAGGCAGUGAGCGGACGAAAAGUUCGGGCCAUUGAAGUGUUUGCGCACGCCUUGAGGUUCUUCAGAGAACACGCCUUAAAGGAAGUGAAAGACCAGUCGUCAUCAGUGCUCGAGGGCGAUCAGGUGCGAUGGGUCAUUACUGUCCCAGCCGUGUGGAGACAACCAGCCAAGCAGUUCAUGAGAGAGGCAGCCUACCUGGCGGGGUUGGUCACUCCUGACUCUCCAGAUCAGCUUCUCAUUGCUCUUGAACCAGAGGCUGCUUCGAUUUACUGUAGGAAACUCCGCCUACAUCAGAUGAUUGACCUCAGUCAGCGACCAAUGGCCAAUGGAAUGGAUGUAGAUGGGUCCCGCCCAUUUGACUCCAGCUUUAGGCAAGCUCGCGAACAGCUUCGUAGAGCGAGACACAGCCGGACGUUCCUGGUCGAGAGCGGCACGGGGGAACUCUGGUCUGAGAUGAAGACAGGUGACCGGUACAUUGUGGCAGAUUGCGGAGGCGGUACAGUGGAUUUGACGGUGCAUCAGAUAGAGCAGCCGCAGGGCACGCUGAAGGAACUCUACAAAGCCUCGGGGGGUCCUUACGGAGCAGUGGGGGUGGACAUGGCCUUUGAGGCGAUGCUGUGUCAGAUUUUUGGGUCGGACUUCAUCGAGAGCUUUAAGGCCAAGCGCCCGGCGGCUUGGGUGGACCUGACCAUCGCUUUCGAGGCAAGGAAGAGGACGGCGUCGCCGGGCCGGGCCAGCUCCCUCAACAUCUCGCUACCCUUCUCCUUCAUCGACUUCUACAAAAGAUACCGAGGGCAGAGUGUGGAAACGGCCUUACGCAAGAGCAACACUAACAUAGUGAAGUGGUCAUCGCAGGGGAUGUUGAGACUGACUGCAGAUGCUAUGAACGAACUCUUCCAACCAACCAUCAACAACAUCAUCAAACAUAUCGAGGACCUGAUGCAGAAACCAGAAGUUCAGGGCGUUCGUUUCCUCUUUCUGGUGGGUGGUUUCGCCGAAUCGCCCAUGCUUCAACGGGCGGCCCAUAAUGCACUGGGGCGAACCUGCCGCAUCAUUAUCCCCCAGGACGUGGGACUGACCAUCCUGAAGGGGGCGGUGUUGUUCGGCCUGGACCCCACAGUGGUGCGGGUGCGACGCUGCCCUCUGACCUACGGGGUGGGCGUGCUGAACCGUUUCGUGGAGGGCCGACACCCGCCCGAGAAACUGCUCGUCAAAGACGGCCGCGAGUGGUGCACCGACAUCCUGGACCGUUUCGUGUCCGUCGACCAAUCGGUGGCCUUGGGGGAGGUGGUGAGGCGGAGCUACACGCCAGCGAGGGUGGGGCAAAGGAAGAUCAUCAUCAAUAUUUACUGCAGCGACACUGAUGACGUGGUCUACAUCACCGACCCGGGGGUGAGAAAAUGCGGGGCCAUCACUCUGGACCUGACGGAACCGGGGGCCGUUGGAGGCAGCGUCAACGGCAACGGCUCGGUCGCCGACCGCAGGGAGAUCCGAACCACCAUGCAGUUCGGCGACACCGAGAUCAAGGUGACGGCCGUCGACGUGGCAACCGGCCGGUCGGUGCGUGCGUCCAUUGACUUCCUGUCCAACUGAACUGUUCGUGUCGCUAACGCAACGCUCCACAGAGGAAGAGAGGGACCCCCCCCCCCUGUUAAAAUUAUGGGAUCGUGAAAGGAAACUAAAUUGGAGAGGAAAGGACAAACUGAACUGAGAGUCUGAAAUAUUAAAUUGUAUUUAGUAUGAACAGGGUUAGUAAGCCUAUUACGUUAGGCAGCGCUGAGAUAUUUGAUUAUUAUUACUGUUAUU